GAGCUGAGCUCCUCAGUCGGUCGACGAUUUUCCAAGAGUUCAGAUCUACAGAAGCAGAAAAGCCCAGAAAAACUGAGCCACUUAGUAAAGUGAAAUUUUUACGUAAAACUUGAGCGACCCAAAAUGGCAAUUCCAUUUUUUGAAGAAGAGCACUCCUCUAAGUCGGAACCAAGUGGCGAUCAAGUGGAUGGUCCCAUGGCAUUUUCCAUAGAUCCUGGACACGAUCAGGUGGACUUCGAAGGACCUCCGUCUGCAGCCGAGGAAACUCUCGAACCAGCAGCAACAAGUGAACCUGUUUCGACACCGAGCACCGAGGAGCAACUGUUGGCCUGGAAAAUCCUGGCCAUCACCAUGUGCAAGGUUCUGAAGCAGUUUUACGUGCAGCACAAGGCCGCCGGAAAAUCCAGCAAACUAAAGGCCACCGUUCAAAUUCAACCGCAGGCGCAGUAAAAAUAAAAUAACAAAACACCAACUAAGGCUCCUAAAAGCGCAACUUGUGAUUUCUUUUCGUUGGUGAGAACUAGCGCAGCCCCGAAAAUUUUCGAGAGAGAAAGAGCGAGACAGUGACAGAGAAAUGUGAAUCAAUUUCCCAAGGAAAACCCAGAAAAAUUAAUCAUUUUUAUACAAGUAUUUUCUUUGGUGGAACUUAUUCCUGCCGAUAGUUUCUUGAUUGCCGUCGGUAAAAAAUAAACUAAACUUUGGAUAAGCGCAAAUGUGAUAAAUGAUUUUGCUAAAAAUAUUUCCAGUCCAAGUAUUUGCUUAGUAAACUUAUUUAAGUUAAUUUUAAUAAUUUAUCUGAAUAAGUUAAGUUCUCUCAAAUGGUCGGCCGAGUGCAAGGAAAAAUCGAAAAAUGAACCGGAAAACAUAUUGGAGAAUUUUCUGAAAAGAAAAAACAAAAUUUUAUAAGCAGCAGCUAGUUUUCAAAUCGAAACCAACUUAGUUGAUAAGCCAAACUAUUCUAUAUUCUAUAUCUACAAAUAGUUAAGUCGACUUUUUUACAACAACUCUCUUGGUGUCUAUUUAUGGGAAAAUUUUAAAAGUUUAAACUUCCUAGGUAGAAUGCUUCUUACACUUAGCGAAUAUUUAUGAAAACGUGUUUUUUUAUAAAUACCAAAUCAUAUAUAUUUUUAUAUUUACUUUGCCAUUAAUGUUUAAGCUGUGUGUGUGUCAACUUAGUUUUUAGAUAAAUACUUAUAAGCAAUAUGUGGCUAAAUGCGGAAUAAUCCAGAGAAGAGACGCAUUUUCGCGUCACGAGCAUAAACAUAGUACAAGUUCAAAGUAGAAAUGUUUACUGAAAUAACCCAAACUGCAUUUUCUUUUAAGUAAUUGAAUGUAAGUUAAGUAAAAAACCGUAUGCAUACAAUACGAAAUAAAA